AUGACUUCCCAGUCACUGAAUUCCAAGGAAAGCCAUGAACCAUCAGGUGCCCAAGGUAAGCAGACUGAACUCGACCCUCUCACGUUCAAACGUUUGCAACAACUAGUAUUCCACUUAACACAGUCUGACGAGCUUGCAGAGUGGCAGCUCCCAGGAUACGAUCGAUUGAUGGGAAAAUCACGCACGUCAAACAUGGCUCAGCCAGCCUCCCUUCCCAAAAACCCUCCCCGUAAUGAGACACAGAAACAAGCACCUCCAGGCCAACCUCAGCAACUCUCUACCCCCCGCAAUGGCACAUCCGUCAGGGGCGUGAUAGGACAGACAAGAGCUGCGAGUCGUCCCUCGAGAGUGCGUGGAAGCCCUGGAGGGAGACAGCUUGCCACACCCCGCAAUUCAGGUCAUUUCUUCAAGGACUCGCCGGCCAAGGCGAAUUGGAGGAACGGUCUUCAACCGAACGUUCUUCCAAGGUUCUUUGGAUCGGCGAGAAGAAUUACUUCUGGCAGAGGCUCCCACAUUACUCAGGGCCGUCACGAAGUCUUCGAAGAGAUUAGCAAGAAAACGGGUGCAUUCGUGAAACCGCCUGCUUACACUGACCAAGUAGCAGCUGCCAAAGAUGAACUUCAACGCAUUAUUGCAAAGUGCAAUGGAUACUCUGCUUCCGCACCCAAGAAGAAGCUUGAAUGGGCCAAAAUCUAUGCACACUCUGUCAAUAAGGAGGCAGAUGUUGAGCUGAAUGAAAGACGGGAAUCCAUACUACAGCAGCUUAGAAAAGCUCCAGAGGAUCCUUCAGCAUUCCCCGAGCAGUUGCUCUUCCUUUGGCCGAGAGAAGGGCCGCCCCUCCUUGAUUCCCUCGGACCUCAACUGGAAGUCCUGGAUGUCAUGAGGGCCAGAUUUGGCUGUCAUUUGUUCGUCCCAAGUGGCAUGCCUAACUAUAUCUGCGCACUGGGCCAUAGCCAAGGUACGAUGAAACAGCUUGUGCAUCGUCUCAGGACCAAAUGGACUGAGCUAGUAGCCAACAGCAACGUCAAAUCCAAAGUCUAUGUGGUAGAACCUCCUGCCCCGAAACUGAUGAAAGAGGGUAUUGUGAUCAAGCGCAGCAAGCAGUUUGGAAAGCCUUUUCUUGAUGGGGCCCACCCUAAAGACCUGGAGCAAUGGGAAAUUCGAGCCGCUCUGAUACAGUCCAAGAACAAUGCGCGUCUGCUUAGUGCGGUCGAGAGAUCUCUCGGAGGUGUUGCCUUUGUCCGCGGGCAUUUGCGCAUGCGUAUCAACCUUGGCUCGUUCGUGCUUGACGAAUAUCGUCUCCCAAAGGAUGAUCAGCCCUCAUAUUCGUUUGAAGAGUUUAGGGAAAUGCUGCUGCAUGAGCAGACAAAGGGUCGCUUGAUUCCAGGACUGAAAAUUGGGAAAGAUCAGCUCCUUGCGGAAUGCUUCGGAGCUACCGAUAUCCUUGAGCAUCUGGAUGGCACUUCCGGUAUGCUUAAAGCGGCUGAACCAGCCUUCUCGGUGAAUUUCGAGUUCUUGGGGUCUAACAAUGCCCUGCUUCGACUCGAGGCGGAGUUCGCCAAAAGUCCUGGUGCCUUUGAGUAUGAAAUCACUCAAAGGAGAUGGCUGAGGCCUCGCGGAGGUGGUCGGUCUGCCGACAAUCAGUCCCCCCUCCAAAUAGGAGCUAUUGGAUUUGAGAGAUCUGAUUGGCAGCUCGAAAUCAAAGCUCUUGAAUUUUACGAGACGUCCUCCAUCGAUGCUGCUCUGAAAUUGUUCUCGCAUUCAAUCAACUUUCGACGUACAGCAAACAUAGACGAUAUCUCUGCAAAGCCCCAGAGAAAAGUGCUCUUCCCGCACUCUGCUCCUGUGGCCAGAUUCGUGGAAAAGACUGCCAUCCGUUAUCGUUUGAAGGGUACGAAGUACAUUCUAGAGAUUGCUCGUUAUGAUGAGUAUAGUCGCACAACCGUCCCGGCUUACCGCGGUCAGAAUCCACCUACCGUCAUCGGUGCAAUUUCAGAAGUCCCUUCUACGUCUUGGGGAGCCUCGAUAUUUGAUCCCAACUGGGACAACCUACUCGGACAACACGCCAAUCUUCCUGUUGGACACACCGCAAGAUAUACUCCUACUUUAAGCACAUUUUUUCCGCCUAAGGAGCAGACUGCUGCAGGCAAGUGCGUCGGAUUCUGGGAACUCAUCGAUUUGGUGAGGCAAGUCGCAGGCCUCUUUGGUACAUCCACGGCUCCUUCCGAAGACUCACAACCUCAAAAUCCAAAAAGCCCGAAGAGUGAUAAGUCGGGCGAUAUCACUGCUGCACGUCAGCGCCGUCAGCAGAUCAACAUCGGUCCUCAAAAGCGGGUCUUGCUAGAGGCAGAUCUCGGCACCUUGUUCUGA